AUUCCAUGCACUUCUUGAGAAUUUAGAAGCAAAAAAAUUUGGGGUAUUUAUAUUUGUACAGAGUAGUAAAGCUGAAUAUGCUUUGCAAGAAGAUGGGAAAUUCAGGGUACAGUUUACUUCAUAUCAUUUGUUUCCUUGGAUUUCAGCUCGUAUUCCUGGCUGCAAAUGGAGCAAGAGCAAUAGAAGAAAUGAAAAACUUGGUUCAUGUGGGCUUGGUUCUGGAUUUCAACUCAUCAAUUGGUGUCAUGUCAGAUACUUGCAUCUCCAUGGCAAUCUCGGAUUUCUACGCCACUCAUUCGAGUUACAAAACAAGACUAUCUCUACACACCAGGAAUUCCCAAGAUGUUGUAGGUGCAGCUUUUGCAGCUAUGGCUGCUGAAGGGAUUGGACUCGGAGAGGUGAGUUCUGAAGUUUUCAAACAAAACUCAUCCAGAAAUGCGGCUUAUCUUUCAGGUUUAAGGGUGUCUGAUACAGGUCUGAGCCUACGAGACAUGUUAUUAAAUACCAAAUUCAAAGGCCUCAGUGGAGAUUUCAGUUUGGUUAAUGGACAGUUGAAGUCUACAACCUUUGAAAUUAUAAAUAUUGUAAGAAAACAAGCCAGAGUAAUUGGGUACUGGACUCCUGAGAAAGGACUUUCUCGCAGCCAAAAAUCCAGUAAAGUAGCAUACACAACUUCAAUGGAUGGACUGAUACCUCCAGUCUGGCCAGGAGGCACAAAAUCUAUACCAAAAGGUUGGGUUAUGCCAGUAACUGGGAAGAAAAUGAGGAUUGGAGUUCCCAUAAGAGCAGGGUUUACAGAAUAUUUGAGAAUGGAAGUUGAUCCCUAUAGCAAUGAGCCUAUCAUUUCAGGGUUCUCCUAUGAUGUCUUCUUGGCUGUCUUGCAUGAAUUGUCAUUUGCAAUUCCACAUCAACUGAUUCCCUUCAGGAUCGAUGAUGAAAACCGUUUCAGAACUUAUGACAAUCUCCUUUAUCAGAUCAAACUUCAAGUAGGGGACAUAAUGAUAACUGCAAAUAGAUCACAGUAUGUGGACUUCACAUUGCCAUACUAUGAAUCAAAUGUGGCAAUGGUGGUGAAAAUAAAAGAUGAUCAAGGGAAGAACAUGUGGAUCUUCUUAAAGCCAUUGAGUUGGGAUCUAUGGUUAACAACAGGGCUGGCCUUCAUCUUCACAGGCUUAGUGGUAUGGGUUCUUGAACAUCGUAUAAACGAUGACUUCAGAGGUCCACCAGAUCAGCAAGUUGGAACCAUUUGCUGGUUCUCCUUCUCCACUCUUGUCUUUGCUCAUAGGGAGAAGGUGAUAAACAACCUGUCAAGAUUUGUGCUGAUUAUAUGGAUAUUUGUGGUGCUUAUCCUAACGCAGAGCUAUACUGCGAGCUUAGCCUCAAUGCUGACAGUACAACGUCUGCAGCCAGCAGUGGUUGAUGUGGAUGAGCUGAAGACAAAUGGCGACUUUGUAGGGCACAGGCCGGGUUCAUAUAUCAAAGAAUUUUUGAUAAAACAGUUGCACUUCGACCCAUUCAAGUUGAGGCAUUACAGCACCCCUGAAGAGUUUGACGAAGCAUUAUCAAGGGGAAGCCAAAAUGGUGGUGUUAGUGCGAUUUUUGAAGCAGAGCACAUCCUCCAACUCUUUCUUCCCCACUAUUGCAGCAAGUUCAUGACGACAGGACCAACCUACAAAACUGAUGGACUUGGCUUCGCCUUUCCACAAGGGUCACCUCUUGUUGCAUACAUGUCUCGGGCAAUCUUGAAAGUCACCGAAGACAAGGACAAAAUGGAUGUUCUCAAGCGGAAAUAUUUUCCAGGUAGAUCAGCUUGCCAAGAUCAGACAACUAUGUCUUCAUGUAGUCUCAAUGUACAGAGUUUCGGUGGCCUCUUCAUUAUCACUGGAGUUGCUUCGAUUUGUUCUCUCUUGGCAUAUGUCGUAAGAUUUCUAUACGCAAACUGGCCUCAGUUGCAAACCAGACAUCAGAAAAGAUCAUUCUGGUCAAAAGUUUCUGAAUUGGCUACACAUUUUGAUCAAAAAGAUCCAUCUAUUCAUUCUUAUGAUCGAAGUGAAUCUGGGAUGCGUUCCAAAUCUAGUGCCCAAGAGUUCAGAAACAUUGUCUUAUCUUGAAAAUAAUCAGUUAUCUUCAAGAUAUGGCAGUGACUCGUCUAACGAGUUACUUAAAAUAUUAGAGGUACAGAAUUUCAUCCAAGGGUAGAGUCACAUGUCAUCUAUGUCAGCUUUUGUAUAUGAUGUCAAUAACACUAUUUUAACGAAUGUAGCUUCCUGUAUUAAGCAAGAAAAGAAUUCAAUACAGUGAAUAUUGUUGAUGGAUGAGAUGCAGGAAAAACCAAACAAAAUAUCCCCUUCCUACUGUUCCUUACAUGCUUAGUGAAGUGCCAGUAAGACCUACCAAGCCAGAGUGAUUACAAAUUGACAACCGAUGAAAUUUGGUACAAUGGGUUCUUUGUCUCUCAUUCAGGGACCAUCUUCCUUUCCAAUUUCUCGCAUUUGUUCAGUCUAAAUGCCCCAAUUCCUUAUCACUUGGAAAAGUAAAUAUAAUUUAGCAAG